AUUAAUAAAACAAGAUUAUUUGUAUAAAAGAGACAUUUUUUAGUUGACUUUGAGCAAUAAUUUAUAUGAAAAAUAGCAAUAAGUAAUAAAGUUAAUUAUGUCUGUAUCUAAUAUUUAUACUUUUUCGGUUAUGUUGUUUGUAACUCAAGAUUGUAAAUAUAUUACAACACAACUGAAGUAAUUAUUCACUCUGUGUGUGAAUAUAUAAUCAUAGUUACUGUUAUAUUUAUCGAAAUAUUAUAUUGCAAAUAACUAUUGAAAAAGUUUGACGUUUGAUAUUGUAAUACAUCUACAGGCAGCGUAAACAUUGAAUAUUAUCCUCUUUGAAUCCAAGAUUAAGUAUUUAUCUUGUCAGUCUGCAAAAUCUAAUUCACCAUUUGGGAAGGAAACGGACAUGGAAUCUCCAUUCAAUAAUUAUUCUCUUCCGUUAAAUCAUCGUAAACCUUGGGAUGAUUUGACAGAAGACUAUCAAAGAAAAAUACGAAAGGUGCACUAUGAUAAUAUACUAUUGAAUUCUAAUCAUAAUCAGUUUCAAAUAACUGCAGUGAAUUCAAACGUUCUAAGUAAUUCUGGUCUAAUACAACCUAAUGAACCAGCUGUAAAACCGGCAGUAGAUGAGAGUUCAAGUAUUCCUUGCAAUUUUACUGAUUGCAAUGAAAAUCAACAGAGUUUUAAUAAUAUUAAUAACAAUAACAAUAAUAAUAAUAAUAAUAAUUUUGCUGAUGGUAAUCAUACUAAUGACAACGAUAACAAUGAUAAUAAUGACAACAGUAAUACUAAUAAUAAUCAUAGCGACAAAAAUCUAGUCAAUGAAACAGCUUCUGAAAACGUACAAAUAAUUGAUCGUACGUUUUCGUUUGACGAGCAGGCUUUUGAAAAUAAUUUAGCUAAAUGUUUAGUCAACAAUAGCAUAAACCAUACACAAACAAAAGCAUUUUUAGAUGUCUUACGCACUCAUCCUUCUUUAACGUUUUUGCUAAAAGAUUCUAGAUCACUUAUGAAAACAUCCCGUAAAAAAAUCUUAACGAAAAUAGUACCACCAGGAGAAUAUCUUCAUAUCGGUCUGGAAUUCAAGCUCCAUUCUAUAUUAUCUCACGUGUCUAUUGAAUCUAUUCCUACUGAGCUAGUUAUAGACUUUAGCACUGAUGGAGCAGAAUUAAAUAAAAAAAUUCAAAUUUGGCCUAUUCAAAUUCGCAUAACCAACUUACCUUUCUAUGAUGAUCCUGAACAUGUUGGUAUUUAUCAAGGACAUAGUAAACCCCGCAGUUUUGAAGAAUUCUUUGAUGAUUUUAUCACUGAAGCUGAAAAUAUUAUUAAAAAAGGCGGUAUUAAGUUCAAUAACAUGAUAAUACCAAUCCGAUUUCGUUGUUUCAUUGGCGAUGCUCCUGCUCGCGCUGCAGUUUUAAAUCACGUUUCCCACGUUGCUAAGACUCCUUGCUCUAAAUGUACGGUUGAAGGAAUUACGUCUAAAAGAUCAAGUCGUUUUCCGGGUAUUAAUUAUCAAUGUAGAAGCGAUGAAAAGUACCGAAAUUUAACAGAUGUUGACCAUCAUAUCAAUGUAUCGUCGAUUAGUAAGUUACCAAUUAAUUUGGUUGAGCAAGUACCUUUUGAAUACAUGCACUUAGUAUGCUUGGGGGUUACCAAAAAAUUAGUGGAAACAGUAGUUUUUGGAAAGUGCAAACCAAAUAAGUUGCAGCAAUUUGAAUUUGAUUUUCUUGCCAAUCGUUUAUUAACACUGCAAAAUUAUUGUCCCCGUGAAUUUGCCAGAAUUCCACGAGAAUUAGAUAAGAUUCAUACAUUUAAAGCCACGGAAUUUCGGCAGUUGUUAUUGUACACUUUUAUAAUAGCAUCUUCUGGCAUAAUUCAAACUGAUCACUAUAAUAAUUUUUAUUGCUACAUACAUCAAUGCGUAUCUUAUUAAAUAACUCUUCAUCGGUUGAAGAUCUCAAUUUUGCGGAUAAAGCUUUAAAGAAAUUUGUAAUAGAUUCAGAAAAUCUUUACGGAUUAGAAUUUAUAACAUAUAAUGUUCACGGCCUCUUACAUCUUGUAGACGAUUACAGACUUCAUGGGUCAUUGCACGGUAUAUCUGCUUUUACAUACGAAAAUAGCAUUAGACAAAGCUGCUUACUCGUUAAAAAACCUAAUCAGUUACUGCAACAAAUUUACAAACGGAGUACAGAGCAAAAUCACUUUCAAAAAGAUAAUAAAAAAAAAUAAACUUAAUAAAUCAUUUAAAGCUUAUGGAAUUCAUAAUAACGGUCCCAUAUGUGAUCCAUUGAAUAAAAACUCUGUGCAAUAUGAAAAUUUGAAAACACCCACAUUUUUUUACUCUAUUUACACAACUGACAAUACUAUAAUUGACAAGAACAAUCGAAUUGGAAUAAUUUCAAAUAUAAUUAAGCAUAACAAUGAAUAUUUUAUCGCUGUGCGAUUUUUAAAAUCUGUAGAACCGUUAUAUCAAGUGUUAGAUCGGUUGUCACCAAAUUUUGGGGUUUACAAAUGUUCUUUAUUGGAAAAAACUAUUUCGGUGAUACUAAUUAAAGAAAUUAAAACGAAAUGUUAUCGAAUGCCUGUAUGGGUAAAAAAAAAUUUGAAUCCGCAUGUUAAUGAUGAGCAAUUGAACAAUGCGUUUUGUGUUAUUGAAAUGUUAGAAUAAAAUGUAUGAAAUUAUAAUAUUGUUUGACAUGUAAAAUUUUAUGAGAAAAUAAGUUUUUAUGUAUUAAAUUUUUCUAUGUAACUGUAAAAAUGUAAAAUUAUAUAAUAGAAGAAACAUUUACUGACAUGAAGAAUAUGUACUUCCCUACUUACCUAAUAUAUAUUUACCUAAUUUUAUUAACACUACCAAAAUUUUAUGAACUAAUAAAAAAUUGUUAUCGCUAUCCUAAGUAAGCCUAUCAUGAUUAUAGUCAUGACUAUAUACAGCCACUAGACGUCUAAGUCUACUAACAACUUGAAAUUGUAAUAUUGGUCGUCAGGAAAAAUUUUCAGUCAUUAAUUGUAGAAAAUUUAGUCCUCUACAAAAAAGGUCCUUUAUGAAUUUUUCACAGAAUCAAUAGAAGAGCCGUAAAUUCAAAAUUAAGAU